AUGGACAACCGCAUUGGGUCCUUCGUUCAUGGGCAGCUUGCGGAAUCAAGCAGUGACUCCACUGACGAUGAUGGAAGUGAUGACGGUGAUGCGUUUUCACAGGAUGAUAGCAUUCGACGUUUCCACGAAUCUGGCUUCCACAUUUUUGGAAUGAGAAUUGAUGGACAAUCACGUCAAUUGAAUUUUCUCAUCGACGAAAAUGAGUGCAUCGGUGCAGAUGGAGCUAAUGCACAGGGACCAAACGCUGCCAUCUCGAUGAUAGACUACGUGCUCAACACCCAUGGAUGCGAAGAUCUCUCGUGCACAAUACACGCCGAUAAUUGUCCGGGUCAAAACAAAAAUCAGUUUGUGAUUGGGUACUUCGCAUGGCGAGUCCUGACACGGCGCCACACUUCAAUCGAAUAUAUGAUGCAGGUUCCGGGUCAUUCACGGUGUUUGGUGGAUAGUGGGUUCGCCCAUAUUAAAAAGCUGUACAGACGCUCGGACUGUGACACCAUUCAGCAGCUAGAGGAUAUUGUCGACAAGUCGUCUACUGCAAAUGAGGCUGUCCGAUAUCCGACCUGGCGCUGGCGUGACUGGAAGACUUUUUUGUCUACAUCUUUUAAAGCAAUACCCGGGAUAAGAAGUACCAGUACUUCAGGUUCGACUCAUCGAGGCCCGGCACGGUUUUCGCGAAGAAAGCAACGGACCUACCAGAGGAAGAAUUCUUCAUCAAGAAACACAGGGAACUCCCCUCAGCAGAACCAUGCUUAAUUAAACCGGCAGGGCUAUCAGAGAAUCGCGUGAAAUAUCUUUACAGAACUGUCCGACCAUUUGUGCGACCAUGUUAUCAGGACAUUACCUGUCCAACACCCACAGACUGAUUGCAUGUGAUUACAUCAUGUAUUCGAACAUCAAUCUAAACAAUUAUUUUAAUUCAUGCGCGUGUAAAUGAAGGGUUUUCCAACAAGUUAUUGUAAUAUUUGAAUAAAUGUAUGAUAUUGUGAACUAUUAACAUGCUGUUAACGUCAUGAAUAUGUCAUUCCGAUUGAAAAUGACGCGACGUCAACAGCUUUGUUGCGUGCCAGUAUGCGUAUAUAAUGUUGUCAUAGCAACGCUAAAUAGUGGCGUACACAUGUAAUGUAUACAUCAUUGGAUUCGUGGAUUAACGUACAAUAUGAAACUGAAAAAAACUAAAAAUUGAUUUUUUGUCAUUAAUGCAGGUUUUGUCGUGGA